UAAUAAGCGAUCAUUGUAAUCAUGUCAUAAUAAUUUACUUAAUUAGUAAUGUGUACAAACAGGUGUAAGAUAAGGUGUGAACCAGAAAGAAACCUUACUUCUGCCACAGUGUUAAUAAGUGUCCUUAGAAAAACCCAAUCAUUCCUUUUGUCUAGGGGAAUUGUGCUUGGCCAUUUUACCUUUUUUUGCCCAGUCUUAUUUCUGUCCAAAAAUGGAUGUUAGCAGAUGGACACAAGGGCUUUGCCUCCUCUCUGCCUGAAACAGGUAUUAGGACCUGUCAUGAAGGUACCAGAAUGAGAGUGGGCACAAAGUUUUCUUCUUGGACUACACGGGGUCUGUUUCUCAGUUACAUGAUCAGUAGCUGCCAGGUACAUAUUUUCAGUUGUGGUGCAUCAUAAGCCAAGUACUGUAUAGGUCAGUCAAAUUAAGGUUUGUGAGAUGGGUGUAUCCUUGUCCAGGGUGGGCACUAGAUCACUGAUAGGUGGAUUAAGUAGUUUAGACUGGAAAGGUAGAUGACAUCAGGUGCCAGUGUUUCAGUUUUAUUCCCUUCUAGAUCUCUUUUCUAAUAUGCUAUCCUGGGUACAGUCUGGCCUUUUAAUUUGUUUUUCCUUUUUGCUCCACUUCUUUUGGUGAAUAUUGUACUUGGGUUAAUGUCUGAUGGAAAUCCUUGAGUUGCAAGUCUCUGUUUGCUGGGUCUAAAUAGAAGUAGUUGCAUCAUAGAACUUGUAUUAUGUGUACUUUGAGUGGAAGCUUCCAUAUGUGUGUAUAUGUAUAUAUAUCAUUCAUUAGAUUCUGGAUAUGAUUUGGUGCUUUUCAUAAAUCCAGUCUAUAGCUGUGUAGUAGUUGUGUGUCCAGAAUGUGAAUAAGUUGUGUGGAAUAAAUUCUGGUUGAGGGUGGGAUGAUACUAAAUGAAAUCCACGUGGAAUUUCAGUAGGACUUCCUAUCCAUGAAUCUAGACCAGACCUGCACAACUUGGCAGUAGGUAGGGGCCAAAAUUAAGAUAGGUUGAACUUCUUUGGGUUGAACAGUAAUGAUGUAUUUUUAUAUUGUUCUUCUGUCAAAGUCAUUUCUCAGUAUUUACUUUUUUCCUUGCUAGUGAGGGAGAAGAAUGAGUUAUGCAGAAAAACCCGAUGAAAUUACAAAAGACGAGUGGAUGGAAAAACUCAAUAAUUUACACAUCCAGAGAGCUGACAUGAACCGCUUGAUUAUGAACUAUCUUGUUACAGAAGGUUUUAAAGAAGCAGCAGAAAAGUUUCGAAUGGAAUCUGGAAUUGAGCCCAGUGUCGAUUUAGAAACCUUGGAUGAAAGAAUAAAAAUUCGAGAGAUGAUUCUUAAAGGCCAGAUUCAGGAAGCAAUUGCAUUGAUCAAUAGCCUCCACCCAGAAUUGUUAGACACAAAUCGGUACCUUUACUUCCAUUUACAGCAACAACAUUUAAUUGAGUUGAUUCGGCAGCGUGAAACAGAAGCUGCACUGGAAUUUGCUCAGACGCAGCUAGCAGAACAAGGAGAGGAGAGCCGGGAAUGCCUGACAGAAAUGGAGCGCACUCUUGCACUCCUUGCUUUUGAUAACCCCGAGGAAUCACCUUUUGGAGACCUGCUUAACAUGAUGCAGAGACAGAAAGUAUGGAGUGAAGUUAACCAAGCUGUUCUAGACUAUGAAAAUCGCGAGUCAACACCCAAGUUGGCUAAAUUAUUGAAAUUACUACUGUGGGCUCAGAAUGAGCUGGACCAGAAGAAAGUAAAAUACCCAAAAAUGACAGACCUCAGCAAGGGGACAAUUGAGGAACCCAAGUAAAAUGUGCAGGUGGACACUAAACCUCAGAACUGCACAGUUGUACACACUUUUAAUCAGUCUGUGACUGAAAUAUUUUUACUACAGUUCAGGACUUUGCAAUUUGGUUGUGUGUUCUUUUUUCUUUUCUUUCUUGGAAAGCAUACUUAAAGGGAGAUGGGUCCCUUUUUAAAUGCAGCAAUUUGGCAUUGAAAAGCAUUGUAUAUCACUUUGACCAUCUGACUUUGGCUAUGCACUGUCAUACAUUUUAGCAAAAGACCUCUUUUUUUAAAUACUGUGCUGCAGGUUUAUAAUGUCUGGCUGCUAAAACAUUUUGGUGGUCAGUGAAUUAACAUUGAAGCUCUUGGCAAGUUAAACGUAACCUGUCUCUCACUUGAACAUUGACUAUUUUCUGUGUUAAUUUAUAGCCAAACAUGCAUUCCCUAUUUAUAAACUAGCAAUUGGUUGAAGUGAUCAUUUUGUAAACCUCAUGGCAAUGUUUUUUUUCUGCAUAGAAUAUAGCAUAGAAAGCUUGUAAGCUGUAAUUGAAGAUAUUUUCCCUUGCUUUUCACACCUUGGUGACUUAUUUAUAUGGGGCUGAAUGUUAUAUUCAUGAUGGGCCUAGUUCUUUCACAGAUAUUGCUGACAAUAAAGGCAUUUCCUUUUGUAAUUUUCCAGAGUGACCAAAAUAGUUGAAAUGAGACAUGAAAUCACUUUGUAGUUAGGUUUUCUUUCAUCUGGGUUUUAUUCCCCCCCCCCCUCUCUAUUUUUGAAUACUGGCUUCAGUAAUAUUACUGCUUGAAGUGACAGCUACAGCCUUAAACUCAACAGUAUAUGUGUGGGUGGUAUAAAGGACACAGACCGUACUAUUGUGGGCUAGAGCCAUCUCUACCAGAAGAAAAUACCUGUCUUGAAGCAGAUACACUGGAAAGCUUACAUGUGUUGGGCCUAUAAUUUAUGAUGGCGCCAUUUUGGCAGUUUCUUAUCUUGGAUAAAUAGGACUCUGGUUUCUACAAAUCUUCCUUGUUGGAUUCCCAUAUUGAUCAUGGGGUGUUGUAAUUACCCUGAUGUGUUAGGGUUUAUUUCUACCCAAGUUAAAGGCCCUGUAAUUCCAUGAGGUUAUGUUUGUUAAAUUGCUACAUUGCAGUCUUCUUCUAGGGUAUAGGAUGGUACAUAGUGUAUAUGAAUGUCAUAAAAGUAUCAGUCACUUGUCCAGUUGAUAGUAUUAAGCACUCUCCAUGCUAGCUUCAAGAGUGUCAUGCUAAACACCCAUUCAGUUAAGGUGUAUGCAGAGCUACUGAGGCAACUAAUGAGCGCAGUAGCAAAGCUGUAUGUAAUGUUAUAAUUGACUGCCAGCUGUGCAAGCAAUUGCACACCUCCCUUAUGUAAAAGUACUUCUCUGCUGAUUUGCAGAGCCAAUAGAAUAUCACAAUGGAUACUUCAGUGAUAAACUAAACUUGUUGAACAGAUGGUAGACCUAAAGAAUAACAGUAUUUGACUUCUGGCAAGGUUUGUUUUUGCCUCUGUGACUGAGAUUUGGGAGUAAUCUUUGGACACAGUUCAGCAGGAAAGUCUUUCAAGUAAGCCACAUAAAGCAAAUGGAUGUUACUUGAGAGGAAUUUCUGGGUGAUUGUGCUCAUUCCCAUCAAUAACUGCUGUGAAUAUUGAUUGUGCUGUAUGUGGUUUGAUUUUCUGGGCAAGAUGGUAUGUGACCUAUUGGAAUACACUUGUUCAAAGACAAGCUGACUUGCUGGAUGUUCACCUUUCUACAGUCUACCUGCAGAUAGCUCUGACACCUCAAGGUUUUGAAUUGCUGCAGAAGUGACCACAUGAGGGUGAUCAUCACUAUUUUUGUGUCAUGAGUUAGCUUUAGUUCCUGUUUCCAAACAAUUCAGCUGUUUUAACUGACUGAUUUUUUGUUUUGUUUUAUGGACAAAGUGAAGCAGUGAAAGUGAAAUGGGUCUAAGCCCUUCUUCAAAUAUGACCAGUUUUUCUUCCCAUUAUUGACUGCUGAAUGCAGUCUGAAGCUUUUGAAAAAGUGUGAAGCUUCUUCAGCUUUCAGUGUGAAGUUGGUCAUUUGUGUAACAAAUGGGAUUUUUUUCUACACCAAAAAUACUGCACUGCAGCCCUGCUUAACAAGUUUACUAAGUGUUUGAAGCACUGUGCUUAUUCCAUGAGUUCAUAGAUGACUGGAACUUUCUUUAGCUUGCUUAAUUCAUUAAUUUAAGAGCCAAAUAUGUGAUUUAAAUAUAAACCUUUAGAUUUACUUCAUUUAGGUUUGUUAAAACAUCACACACUGAAGCAGCUUUAAUCUGUAAAGUUUUUAGGGUAACUUGAGAGAAAAUAUUUAAAAUGGUAUGAAAGAAAGCUAUGCAUUUUACAGAAAGCUCAAGGGUGUAGUCCCAGUGGUACUUUUAGGAAUCUUUAUAUUCACAUGUAUAUAAAAUAGUUUGCAUAUACAAAAUAUAAUAUAAUCAAUAUGAAUUAUUCUCAGAAAAGAGAGGCUGUGAAGCAUAACUUAUGAAAAUAUUGUACACAGAAAGUGCAGCCCUCACAGCAUAAGUGAAUUUGUCAUAUGCAUGAGAAAUGUCUUAUUUGGUGGCUAUGGAUGAACGGUUGCAGUUUUGUUAGCUCCAUAAUGUUAGAUUGCCACUCUAAACUGCUUAGCAUUAAAUACCACUUUGAUCAAUA